UACCGUACUACUAGUAUAAAGUUCUCAGACUACACACGAGCUAGAACUGAACUAAGUCACGAGCACUUAUCUCACGGCAGAACAUAGGAGAAAAUCUUCUUUGAAGGUAGCCAUGGCAAGCAGCUCCGACGCUUCUGCCGCCGCUGCAAAGAAGCUGGAGGGCAAGGUGGCGCUGAUCACGGGCGGCGCGAGCGGCAUCGGCGAGUGCACGGCGCGGCUGUUCGUGCAGCACGGCGCCAGCGUGGUGGUGGCCGACAUCCAGGACGAGGCCGGGGCUCGCCUCUGCGCGGAGCUGGGCGAGGCGGCGUCCAGCUACAUUCGGUGCGACGUGACGAGCGAGCCGGACGUGGCCGCGGCCGUGGACCACGCCGUGGCCAGGUUCGGGAAGCUGGACAUCAUGUUCAACAACGCGGGCAUCGGCGGCGCGGCGUGCCACAGCAUCCGGGAGAGCACCAAGGAGGACUUCGAGCGUGUGCUGUCGGUGAACCUGGUCGGCCCCUUCCUGGGCACGAAGCACGCGGCCCGGGUCAUGGUGCCCGCGGGCCGCGGCGGGUGCAUCAUCGGGACGUCGAGCCUGGCGUCCGCCAUGGGCGGCGUGGCGUCGCACGCCUACACGUGCGCCAAGCGGGCCCUGGUGGGCCUGACGGAGAACGCGGCGGCGGAGCUGGGCCGCCACGGGAUCCGCGUCAACUGCGUCUCCCCCGCGGCGGCCGCCACGCCGCUGGCCACGGGCUACGUGGGCCUGGACGGCGAGGCGUUCGAGCUGGUCAUGGAGUCCCUGGCGAACCUCAAGGGCGUGGGCUUAAGGGUGAAGGACAUCGCCGCCGCGGUGCUCUUCCUCGCCAGCGACGACGCGCGGUACGUCAGCGGCCACAACCUGCUCAUCGACGGCGGCAUCUCCGUCUCCACCCCGGCCUUCGGCAUCUUCAAGGACUGAUAUGCGUCUCGUACGUGCCUGGAAACCGAUCGAUCACGCAGAGGUAGUACUAGCUAGCUGGAGUUGUACGUUCUGCCGUGAUUGGUUCCCGGGUUCACGCACGUUUCUGUUUCAACGUCCUUGUUGUUGCUUUUCGUGAGGAAAUCAUGUAUGCACGUGUGAGGUCAGCUCCUUCAUCUAUCGCCAUGACACAUGCUAUCUCGGGCAUUAAAACAGGGGGACAUGUAUACGACAACGUUCUUAAGACAAAGCGACUGUUAUCUCCACGGCUUGAAACAAUUUUAUUUUCAUUUUUAUUUUUUUGCUUUGGUCCGCUGUUGCAACGGGAUUAAGAAA